AUGCAUGGAGCAAACGUUACCACCUGGAGCUUUUUUUUCCUGGAAGGUUUUUCUAAAUACCCCAGGCUGGAGACUGUGCUUUUUGUCUCCAGCCUCGUCAUGUACCUGGCCACGCUCCUGGGUAACAGCAUGCUGAUUCUCAUCACGGCUCUGGACACACGCCUCCACAGCCCCAUGUAUCUGUUCCUGGGAAACCUGUCUUUCAUGGACAUCUGCUACACAUCUGCUUCCAUCCCCACCCUGCUGGUCAACUUGCUGUCUGCCCAGAAAACCAUAGUCUUCUCCGGCUGUGCCGUGCAGAUGUACCUGUCCCUGGCCAUGGGCUCCACGGAGUGUGUGCUGCUGGCCGCGAUGGCCUAUGACCGCUCCCUGGCCAUCUGCUGCCCUCUGCGCUACCCGGCACUGAUGACCCGGAGGCUCUGCGUGCGGCUGGCGUCUGUCUCCUGGGCGACAGGCUGUCUGACUGCGCUGCUGGAGACCAGCUUUGCCCUGCAGAUGCCUCUCUGCGGGAACCGCAUCGACCACUUCACCUGUGAAAUCCUGGCUGUGCUGAAGCUGGCCUGUGCCCGCUCCCUGCUCAUGGACCUCACCAUGCUGGUGGUGAGCGUGCUCCUCCUGCCUGUCCCCAUGCUCCUGGUCUGCAUCUCUUAUGUCUUCAUCCUGUCCACCAUCCUGAGAAUCCGCUCCUCUGAGGGCAGACACAAAGCUUUCUCCACCUGUGGCGCCCAUUUGACGGUGGUGGUUCUGUACUACGGGGCUGCCCUGUCUAUGUACCUAAAACCUUCUUCAUCAAGCUCACAGCAAGUAGAUAAGAUCGUCUCGCUGCUGUAUGGAGUGCUGACGCCCAUGCUGAACCCCAUCAUCUACAGUUUAAGAAACAAGGAAGUCAAAGAUGCCGUGAAGAAAUUGCUGGGCAGAUUACCCCAGUGCCAAGCACGUGGCGAUUUCUGACCAGAAGCCUUCGGUUUUGCUGGGGGUAUGCCCCCGACAGAACUCAUCAAAGACACUCUGCACAAUAUACCUUUCCUUAGAACACUGGGCCUUGACUUGAUAAUCUUGCAGUUAAGAUAUAUGUAAUACACAAUGAUUGCUUAUUGACGGUAGUAGAUUCCAACUUGCACUCACCGACACCUGGCUUUUGUGUUUCCUGGUCAUGAGAACUGUCAGGAGACAAAGCCAUUAAGUGCUAGUCAGGAGACAAGGUGUACAUAUCUAGUCAGUGAAUCUGGUGCCAGCAGAGUCCUGAAUAUCUUCUCUCAA